ACCGGGACCUCUGAGCCAGGUGCGGGGCCGGGACUGGGACCUCUGAGCAGAGCGCGGGACCUCUGAGCCAGAGCGGCCUCGGCACUAUGUCCGUGAGCAGCCACGAGAACCGGAAAUCCCGCUCGAGCUCCGGCUCCAUGAACAUCCACCUCUUCCACAAACCGGGCCACGCCGACAGCCUCCUCACCCAGCUCAACCUGCUCCGCCAGCAGAACCUCUUCACCGACGUGGUGCUGCGGGCGGGGAACCGCAGCUUCCCCUGCCACCGCGCCGUCCUGGCCGCCUGCAGCCGCUACUUCAACGCCAUGUUCAGCGGGGGCCUCAAGGAGAGCAGAGAUGCCGAGGUGAACUUCCACGACUCGCUGCACCCCGAGGUGCUGGAGCUGCUGCUGGACUACGCCUACUCGGCCCGGGUGCUGAUCAACGAGGAGAACGCCGAGUCCCUGCUGGAGGCCGGGGACAUGCUGCAGUUCCAGGAUAUUCGGGACGCCUCGGCCGACUUCCUGGAGAAGAACCUCUACCCUGGGAACUGCCUGAACAUGCUGCUGCUGUCCGACGCCCACUGCUGCGAGCGGCUGCUGGAGCUGUCCUGGAGGAUGGCGCUGGCCAACUUCACCUCGCUCUGCAAGACCGAGGAUUUCCUGCGGCUGCCCAAGGACAAGCUGCUGGAGCUGGUGGAGAGCGAGGAGCUGGAGGUGGAGGACGAGACGCUGGUCUACGAGGCCGUCAUGGGCUGGAUCCGGUACGAUCUGCCCCGGCGCCACGAGGUUCUGCCGGAGCUGCUGCGCUCCGUCCGCCUGGCCCUGCUGCCCGAGUCCUACCUGCGCAAACAGGUGGCCUGUGAGAAGCUGGUGACCAGCCACAAGCUGGGGGAGGAGAUCGUGGCCGACGCCGUGCGGUGCAAGAUGAAGAUCCUGCAGAACGACGGGCUGGUGACGGGGUGCUGCGCCCGGCCUCGCAAGGUCAGCCAGGCCCUGCUGCUGCUGGGGGGCCAGACCUUCAUGUGCGACAAGAUUUACAUGCUGGACCACAAGACCAGCGAGAUCAUCCCCCGCGCUGACAUCCCCAGCCCCCGCAAGGAGUGCAGCGCCUGCGCCAUCGGCUGCAAGGUUUACAUCACCGGGGGCAAGGGCUCCGAGAACGGCGCUUCCAGGGACGUCUGGGUCUACGACACUCUCCACGACGAGUGGGCAAAGGCCGCUCCCAUGCUGGUGGCGCGGUUUGGCCACGGCUCCGCCGAGCUGGACCACUGCCUGUACGUGGUGGGGGGUCACACGGCCAUGAGCGGAGCCUUCCCGGCCUCCCCCUCCGUCUCCCUCAAGCAGGUGGAGCACUACGACCCUCAGCUGGACAAGUGGUCCCUGGUGGCCCCUCUGCGGGAGGGCGUCAGCAACGCCGCCGUGGUGGGGGCCAAGAUGAAGCUGUUCGUUUUCGGGGGCACCAGCGCCAACCAGAACAAGCUGCCCAAGGUGCAGUGCUUCGACCCGCGCCAGAACCGCUGGACGGUGCCCACCAGCUGCCCCCAGCCCUGGCGCUACACGGCGGCCGCCGUGGUGGGCAGCCACGUCAUGGUCAUCGGCGGCGACACCGAGUUCUCGGCCAGCUCCGCCUACCGCUUCCACAGUGACACCUACCAGUGGGCCAAGUUCGGGGACGUCACCGCCAAGCGCAUCAGCUGCCGCGCCGUCACCUCGGGGAACAGGCUGUACGUGGUGGGCGGCUACUGCGGGGCCCAGCGCUGCAAGACCCUGGACUGCUACGACCCCUCGUCCGACACCUGGAGCAGCGUCACCACCGUGCCCUAUUCCCUCAUCCCCACCGCCUUCGUCAGCACCUGGAAGUACCUGUCUGCCUGAGGGGAGGUGAAAUAGCUGUGGGUCGAGCCAGGGCUCCUCUGUGUAACUUUGUGCUGCACAAAGGUUAAACCUCGAGGGGCAGAUGCCCGUGGAUCUGGACUGCGGUUGUCCUCGUGCGAGCAUCAGCUCCAGAAAACCUAUUUCCAGGCUGGCAGUUUGGGAUCUAAAACCCUGCAAGGGGAGAGGAAGUCUCUUUAAGGUGCCAGAACGCUGCGGGGAGAAGAUGGGUAUAAAUAACGGGACUCUUAACCUGGCAUCUCGGCCCUGCCACCGAGUCUUGGCCUAUGCAAAGAUUUUGGGGAAUGCUCUGUGUGAGGAUUGGGUGUCGUCCCUGGGUCGGAAGGGCUGCUGGAGUGGAUGUUUUUCCCAGGCUGGGUGUCUGCAGGAGCUGGGACAGACCGUGCGGUGCCACGGGGCUGCUUUUAGCGCAGCCUCCUCCUCCUGGUGCCACGGUUAAUCUGCCAGUGGCACCCAGAUGUCUUGUGGGACGCCAGGGCUGGGAGCCGGUGCCAGGACAAGAUCAUAGCUGGGAUUUAGUCCCAGAGUGGUGGGUAAUUGCGUUUAUAAGACAAGCCCUGUCUAUGUAUAAACACAGGGUUUCUCUGCUUCUAAUUAUUCCCUGGUGUCCCUUUCAUGCCAUUGCUUUCCUGCUACACAGAGAUUGACUUCCAGCAUUUGCAACUGGAAUUAAACCUUUCUAAAGGCUUUUUGGCAGGAAUUAUGCCAGUGAAUCACAGACCCUGCGGCGUUUUUAUUUUCUCCUUGCAAGAGUUGUGCUGCUCAAAUGAACUUAUUAAUGCAAUAAAGUAUCCUGUGGUACCUGCAGAAGAUUUCCUGGACGUGGAGCACCAGCAGCAGCAGGGCUCAAGGCAACACAGCUCUGGCUUUGAAGUGCUCCUGCAGAUCCAUCCCCUUGGUCAGCCCAGGGAGGGGACAAGCGUAGAGUGACCUCCUUGGGCUGGAGGCUUGUGCUGUCCCUGGAGACAGCAAAAGGUGUCCAGGUUUUCCACUAACUUGUGUGAUCUCAGAGCAGGAAUCAGAGGGGUAUUUUGGGUUUUUAGUGAUAUUUACUAGAAAGGACAAAGGACACUCCUGACUGUGCUGCUGGGACUCUCAGCACAGGCAGCACCAGAGGCUGGAAUGUCUGAACACGUGACAGUACUUUGCCCACAGGCUGGUUCUUUACAUUUAUUUUUUUUUUUUUAAUACAGCAGUUUUGUGUUUAUUACUCAGCCUGGAGCUGCUUAAAUAAAUCUGAAUAAAAUCCA